AUGACUAAUUUCCCAGACGCCUUGACGUUCGCAGGUCAGACGUACACUGCAGACUCGCGGAAUGGCGCCUUUGUCAUUGGCGGCCAGACUGUCCCACCUGGCCGCGCUAUUACAGUUGCCGGAACGCGAAUUGCUUUAGUUCCUACCGCUGCCUAUGCAGUGGGAGGCACAUCCACGAUCCCAUUGCAUGGCAAUUUGCAAAUUCUCAUUACAUUCGCUGGCUCAACGUACACAGCGACUUCAGGGAGCUUCAUGAUUGGCAGCCAAACAUUGACACCCGAGGGUGCUAUCACCGUCUCCGGGACUCGCAUAUCUUUAUCUCCUGUUCCAGCCACUCCAUACGCGGUGAUCGGCUCAUCGACGGUUCCGCUUGUGCCUGCCACCGUUGGGCCAGAUCUUCUAACUUAUGGUGGGCAGGUCUACACGGCAAACUUGCCUACCGACUUCGUCAUUGCUGGGCAGACGUUGACGCCUGGUGGAUUAAUUACGGCGGCGGAUGGAACUCCGAUAUCACUCGCGCCAGCCGCAACGGAUGCUGUGGUGGGAAUGAGCACUAUAGGUAUUAGAGGUCAUAUCAUGAACGGGUUCAAUGGCCGCGGAGAAAGUGGUGCUAGGGGCAAUGAGAGUGUGGUGCAAUUCUGA